UUUUUUUUUUCGUUUGUGUGUUUAACUUUCUUCAUUUUCCUUUUUCUAUUACUACUUUUGCUGUUCGUGCAUACAUGCAUGCUGUUGAUGAACACAGACUCAGAAACAGAGUUACUUUUAUUAAUCUUUGGAUUUGCUUGGAUGUUUUGCCUUUAUGUUGUGUUCCACUUCCAAUUGGGCGUUCUUUUCUUUUUCUUUUUUUUAUUAACUCGUGCUUUCGUUUAAGAAUGGUUCACCUUAACAGUUCCUUCACUAAUUUGUUUACAAAUUUUGUUUUUGGCAUAAUUGAACACUUGGGCAUGUUAAUUUUAUUUAUUUAUUUGACUCUUAUUGAAAGUUGAGCUGUAACUCUCCUUUGGUUAAUUGUACCUAUCAUCUAUCAACAUUUAUGUAUAUAUUUUCUAAAAAAAGGUACCUAUCCCACCCUGAACUAGUCAUUUGCUAUGUACGGUUUAAACUUUUUUUUUGGCAAAAAACACGAGAUUAACUUGCAACCCCACUAUCCAAAUUUCAAAAUCAAAAUUGAAAUUAACAAAUUAUUGUACUUCUUGGGGUGGAAAUUGCAAAUUAAUAAGAAUUAAUCUAUUAAUUAUUACGUAUUAAUGAACCUCACCACCCAACCAACUCACUUAUGUGAUAAUUUUAAUAUAAUUUUGGAUACUAGGAUGACACUGCAAAUUGAUCUUGAAUUAAGAUGUUGAUUGCAAAAUGUUGUAGUUUAAAGUUGACACUGUAAAUGACCCCCAUAUUUUAUGGUGGAUAGCUUUAAAUUUAAUUAACCAUUUUUCUUUUGACUCGUUCAAAAUCAGCCUUGGUUAUUUGGAAAUGGAGUUUGUCAAUUCUGUAGAAUUUACUUCCUUUCUGGGACCAAAGGGAAACUAGAUGGAGGAGGACUGUGAGUUUCGACACUGGGAUGAGCUAAUCCCUGAUGCACUUGGGCUAAUAUUCAAAAAUCUUUCACUUCAAGAGAUUCUUACUGUGAUCCCAAGGGUUUGCAAGUCAUGGGGUAAAGCUGUUAGAGGGCCUUACUGCUGGCAGGAGAUAGACAUUGAGCAAUGGAGCGAACUUCGCCGCCCUGAGACCCUUGAUCGAAUGCUUCAGAUGCUUAUCACAUGGAGUUCUGGUUCACUCCGCAAGCUAUGUGUCUCCGGCCUCCCUUGUGAUCAGAGUCUUUCCUUCAUUGCAGAUCAUGCCAAAUCUCUUCAGACUUUGCAGCUGCCACGAAGUGAAAUAGGCAAUGAGAUAGUGGAACAGGUUGCUUGGAGGCUCUCUACCAUCACUUUCUUGGAUAUAAGCCACUGCAGAAACAUUGGAGCCCCUGCCCUUGAGGCAAUCGGAAAGCACUGUAAAUCUCUUACUAGGUUGCGAAGAACGAUGCACCCAUUAGAGCUAAUUGACAAGCUCAGUCAAGAUGAUGAGGCCCUUGUAAUAGCAGCCACAAUGCCAAAACUCAGGCAUCUUGAACUGGCCUAUCUGCUAAUCAGUACAGAAAGUGUGCUCAAGAUACUCUCAAGCUGUCCUGAGCUUGAGUUUUUGGAUGUACGUGGGUGUUGGAAUGUAAUACUUGAUGAGAAGAUUGUCAAAAAAUUCUCUGGGGUAAAGGUGAUUGGACCACCUCCCACAGACUGUUGUAAGAUGACUGGCUGGGAUGAUUGUUCAAAUUCAGGUUCCUCUCGCUAUUUGUCGUGGGACUUUGUGGCCGGUGAAAUAGAUGAUGAUUAUUAUGAAGAUAUGUCAGAUGCAGCUUGGGAAGACGACCAAAGUAUGGAAGAGGUAGAAUUGAGGUUCUAUGAUGGUUUCGAUUUCAAUAAUGCUUUGUUUGAUUGGCCACAUUCUCCUUGAGGUUUGCUUGUGUGAAAGUGCUUGAUGGAGUGUUUUUUUUUUUAAUGGCAUUUAAAGGUUCUACCAUUUCUCUGGAUUAUGCUAUAAGAACUGUUGCUGUUACUAUCACUUCGCUACUACUUUUAUUCUGUAAGAAACUUUUAUGUGCAUCUAAGGUUUGUAUGCAUAAUAAUUCAAGUGAAACUGUGAGGCCUUCUAUCCA